AUGUUUUCACCUUCUCACCUACCCACCGGUCAGUACUAUUGUGUACAGCCUUUAUCCACCCUUAGUGUUUCAAACCAAGAGUGGCUUGAUUACGGGUAUCUUGAUGGAGACAGCACACGCCAGCCAACAUACCCUUUCCAAAAAUAUGAGUCCCGUACACAGCAAAACAGCUCCUAUGUCCUAUCUAGGGAGCAAUGGAAGAAUGAUAUACUAGAAAUAUUAGCUGUUCCCAUCUUCGGUGAUAAUAUAGAGACGUAUUUUCAGGGUUCUUCAUCGUUGCCACCGCUUGGUCCAACUUCCCCAGGAUCUUCUCAAGGCCACUAUGAAAGUGAUUAUGAUCAUCAGCCUGAAACACCCCAGCAACACGUACAAUACGAUCCAACUGAUAUUGUUAUUAUACAUUAUGAUCCUCAUAAUCCAUCGCGGCAAAACAUCAAAACUUCGAGUCCAAGCUCUACAAAUAUGUACAGAUGCACUGUGUGUCCGUAUGAAACGGAUAAGAAAUUUAAUUUUGCUAGACAUUUGGAAACCCACUCGGACGUCAAGAUUUUGUUUUGCUGCCCUAAAUGCCCAAACACAUACUCUACCAAACACAACCUUCAAAGACAUACCGACCAACGCAGAUGUUAA